CUUUCAACGGGAAGUGUCUCACUAUUUUUGCACUUGAAGGCGUUUGCAAUUUAUAUGAUGCGAAUGGGCAAUGCGCACAAUGUGUGGAUGGAUAUUAUAUUAGCAAUUCAUUGUGUUUUAAGUAUACUUUUCCAUGUGCAAUUUGUAAAGACGAUAUAAAAUGUGAUAAGUGUGAUAAAAAAUAUUUUGUAAAUGAAAAUGGAAUUUGUGAAAGUGUCUACAACAUCACAAAUUGUGGCGAAUUCUCAGAGACUUUGGGGUGUUUAAAAUGUAUUGAUGGGUAUUACAAAAGUGGACUGCGUUGUAUUCAAUGCAAACAAAACUGCUCAUUGUGUACAACACCAGAAUUGUGCAACAAGUGCAGUAACAACAUGGUCUUAUCUACUGGUAUAUGUAUUGAGCGAUUGUAUAUAAAACAUUGUGUUAAUGUUACAAACUCGUUGUGUGAACGAUGCAACUUUUGGUAUAUCAAAAGUGAUGGUAUGAUAUCUUGUCAUGAAAUAAAUAUAACUAAGAUUCUACUUAUUGUGAUAUUUGGAUGUAUUAUCUUACUGUUAUUCUUUACUAUCAUUAUGAUUCUUGUUGGAUUGUACAUCAUACAGACACAUCACCUUAAUGUAGAGAGAAAGAAAAAUGGUAUAUUUUCUAUUCGUUGUGUCAGAGAACCAAUAAAACAACUUAUAGACAAGAUAUACAUAACAUCAACAACACUCGAUUUUGGUGUUGACUUACCAGUCAACAGAAUGUGUAUUAAAACAGUUGUAUUUGCCAACAAAUCGAAAUGUUGUGUAAAGUUGCAGUUGGUCUACAUUCACCGCAAAAGUUACAAAAUCACCGUCUCACCAAAAGUCGUCACAUUACGACCAAGAGACGCUUGUUUUUUUACAAUUGAAAUUUCACCGACGUACUCUGGUGAUUUUAAAAGUUCGUUGACACUGAGUUGUGUAUUUCUGGAACGUGGUGUCGAGUUAACCAAAAGAAUACCACUCAUAUUUUCAACGGCACUUUCAACGUGGAUUGACGACAGUAGCAUUACUAAUAUGAUUGAAAUAUGUCGGGGUGGUGUUGGUAUCAUAUUCAAAGCAACAUACAAACGGCGUACAGUCGUAGUGAAGAAGAUCAGACAAUUCAAAAAUGUCAAAGACGAUGAGUUCAUAACAGAAGUCGACAUGCUCCAAAAAAUACGAAAUCCGUUUAUAGUUGAAUUUAUUGGAGCUGUAGCACAAAACGGAAAACACAUGAUUGUUAUGGAGUAUAUCAUUAAUGGGAGUCUGGAUCAGAUCAUCAAAAAAUAUAAAGUGAAAUAUAGUCACACUAAUAUGUUUCAGUGCGAUGACGUUAUAUUGCCACAGAAAAUUCGUUAUAAAAUCCUUUUAGACGCCACAAAAGGUGUCAACUAUUUACACCUCAAUGGCAUUUUCCACAGAGACAUCAAGCCCGGAAAUAUUCUUGUUGUUAAGUUGCAAAGUAUCAUCGAAGUAAACGCUAAACUUUCAGACUUUGGUAGUGCAAGAAAUGUGAAUUUGUUGAUGUCAAAUUUGACAUUCACCAAGGGUGUUGGUACAUUUAAGUACAUGGCACCCGAGUUGUUGAAUGGGCUAAAGUACUCAAUUGCUGCGGACGUGUAUUCACUUGGUAUUACUUUCUUUGAGGCAUUUGCAUGGAAAGACGCUUUUGGAGACGUGAAAUAUUUCUUUGAAAUACCCGAGUUGGUCUCCAAUGGGAAGCGACCAGAUGACAAGUGUCUUAGUGAUGAUGAAAAAAGUUUACUUGAAGAGAUGUGGGCACAAAAACGGAAAGAAAGAAUAACACGUGAAGAGGUCGUGGAUGUCAUGCAAAAGAUGUUUGACAGAACAAGAAAUGAAAAAUUUUAA